AUGUCCUUGCAAAAGCAAAGGCUUACAGCAGAUCCCUGCUUGGGUGUUGGUGACAUCAUGUCACCUGUCAUGUCAUGGUUGAAAGAGACAGGCAAAUAUGACCUGUCUUCUUUGUUGGAACCCAAGACACCAGUGUCAUGGAAAACAGCUCCCAACGUGGCAUGGCUCUGCAGUUUGGAGAAGUUGUUUGAGAAGUUGCUGAAGGUUGUCCCAGCUUGCAUUUUCCCCGCCAAAAAGGUCAGGUUAGCACUGCAAAAGAUUCAGUCAGAGGUGACCAGGAUCAACUUUGGACGAAAAGAUGAUGACCAAUUCUUUGACAAAAUGGACCAACUUCUGAGAAUUGCAGCUUCACAACUCAGGGACCUCAAGCAGCAGCUUUCUGUGUACCAGAGGACGAUGAAAAAAGCUUCUGUCAGUGAAAAAGAAAAGAUUGAUGCUCUGUUGCUGUUGAUCCAUAUUCCUGCGACUGAUGCUGAAGAAGGUCACCAAGAAAAAUCCCAGAAGAAAGCUUCUCCCAAGGAAACUUGCACAGCACUGGUUCCCUAUGUGGCACCAAAGACUACCUGCUCUGCAGCAGAAGCUUCUGCCCACUGCAGCCCAAAUAUCUACACAAGGAUUCUGUCUAAGAAGCUGAGUGAUGAAAGUGCUGGCCCAGGCGAUGCUAAAUCACCACCAAGGCUGGCUGCCACUUCCUCUGGACCCAGCAGCUCCAGCAGAAGCUUGGGGAGAGAGGUGGCAUGGGAUGACUUCAACAGAAGUGAAAAGGAUCUGCUGGCUGAAGCUUUGAGCAAGGCUUCUCACAUUUGUUUUGCAGUAAUGCCUUCUGCAGAGAAACCAGAGAAGCAGCAGAUGCCACCUGCCAAAGCUCCUCCAGCAAAACCUUUCCUGAACUUUGUGGAGAAAAAAGAAGGAAAGGGAUACCCUGAGCAAAGGCCUGCAGCCAAGAGUCCACCAAAGGACCCAAGGCCACAACCUCCCAAAGAAGAAACCAAAGAGGUCCAGAAGGAUGAAAAAGAAGAGACUCCAGAGGAGGUUCCUGAAGUGAAGGUGACACAGGAGCCUUCUGACACUGAAGCUUCUCAGACUGAAGAAUCCUUCGACCCCUGUGAGCAUGUGGACUUUGCAACAAAAAGCCCAACCAGUGAGACCAAGGCAGGCAUCCAGCAGUGCAAAGCCCAGGUGUCUCAGCAGCAAUAUUUGAGCAAGUAUUUACCUGGGAGCCCUCGUUUGCGCUACAAAAUGGCUUCUCAGGCCCCUGGGAAUGAAGUUGAAAAUUCAGAAGAACCAAAGGAGGCUGAGAAACCUGAGGAGAAUGAAGAAACCACAGCUAAGCCAAAGGAGGAAGUUGAAAGUUUGAAAAAACCAGCUUCAAAAAAACCAGCUAAGGCAGCUGCACAGAAAAAAACGAAGUUGCCAAAGACUCCACAAAAGCUUUCAGCAAAAGGUAAAGCUAAAGCCAAGGCUGAGGCCAAGGCCAAAGCAAAAGCAAAGGCCAAAGCCAAAGCCUUGGCUGCCUCCAAGAGCAACCGCGAGAAAAAGGAGAAAAAGGAGAAGAAGGAAAAGAAAGAGAAAAAGAAAAAGGAUGAAGAGCCCAAGCUUAUGAAAAGGCCUGCAGCCAAAGGUUUUUCCGUGAGAGACCAAGUUUCUCAGCUCCAAGCAGGGGUGCCACAUGAGAAGACUGAGGAAGAGCAGGGGCAUGGUGAAGAAGGUGAAGAAGAAGAAGAAGUGAAAGAAGAAGAUCUAUUUGUUGAUCCUGAUGAAGAAGGUGAGAAACGCUCCAAAGCUGCUGCUGGCAAAUUCAACAGGUUGUGGAAGGCUGGAAAGGUUCCACAGCAGAUCAAGGAGAUCUGGCAGAAGUGUGAGACAAGAGAUGAAAAGACAAUGCUUGUCAACCGCCUGUUCAAGAAGAACACCAAAACUGGCUGCUGGGAGAUGCAGGCUGACAAUCCAACUUUCAAAAGUUGGUUGAAAACUUCAGACAAGACCUUUGGCAAGGAUGGUCAGCAAAGCUAUCCACGAGCAAUCAUGUUGCAUCACUACUUCAGAGGGGAUGAAGAGGCUUUCCUUCAGGCACUAAAUACUGGUGAUAUCUCAGAGAUCAACAAAGGUGGAAAAGUGAUGUGCAGCUUUGAAUGCUACGAGAGUGGAAGAGCUAAGGAAGCAGACCAGAGGAUGGACUUGGACAGAGGCACUAAAAAACUUACAGGUGAAGAGCAUGAUGCGGUGACCAAUGUGCUGUGCAACUUUGACUGGACCAAGUUUGGCCAAGAAGUUCAGCCUGGACCAAGGACUUCCAGCAAAGCAAUGGCCUUGACUAAUGGCCCACAGGUGGUGCUUUGGAAAAAUGUCGAGCCUUUCUUGACACAAGCUAAGGCUGCCCAUGACAGGGUCCUGGGAAGUCUCAACAAGAUGUUUGCUGCAGUUGCCCACGCAAAAGACAAGGAUCUUAGCCUGAAGUUUAAGAUUGCUCUGACAACUUUGCAGCAGAACAGCCAAGAGAUUUCCAAUGCCUUGAUGUUCCAGGAGAUACCAGGUUGCAAAGAGUUGAUCAAAACCGAAGUGGAUGAUUGGCUUGCAGCCAAAGGCAAGGACAUGUCAGCCCACUACGAGGCAAGUGAGACCAUCAAGAGUGUUUUGAAAGCCAGAGUUCAGGCUCAGACUGUGAGAAGCUUUGGCCUAGGAAUUCAACAGAGACUAGCCAAGGCUGAAGCUCAGGACAAAGAAAACGCUCUGAAACAGAGAGAAAGACUUGCAUUCAGCCUGGUUACCAAAUGGGCAUGGGGGCACUUAUCCCCACAGGAAGUUCAAAGCACUGCAGCAGAUGCAAUUGCAGAUAUGAAAUCCUUUGGGAUGGAACAGUUGCCACAGUGGCUGUCAAAGUUUGCAGCCCUUGGAUCCGAUGGGGUGCAUCCAAAUAACAUGCACGCAGAGCUUCUCAAAAUGUUUGAGCCACAGUCUUCAGUGCCCAAGCCCUUGGUGGUUCACUUGGACUUCAAGGGCCAACAUGCCCUGCAGUCUUUGAUGCUGCCCCACGAACUUUUUUCAGCUCUCUACCACUAUUAUCCCAGCACCUUCCAGAAGCACUUCAUGCCAGGGGGACAUGAACAAGUGUCCAAGUUUUGGUCCAAGUUUGCUCAGCACCCUUCAAUGGAAGGGCAUGAAAUUUUCGCCUUGAAGAACUACAAGCACAGAGCUUUGCCACUCAAUCUCCACGGUGAUGGAGUGCCAAUAACUGGCAAAGGCAAAGUCUGGGUCAAAAUGAUGUUGACUCUGAGCUGGUUCCCUUCUUCUUCCUUGGCAGGAAAAAGAGCCAACACCUGGUUGGCCAGUGGAUAUCUUGGGGUCCUAACAGGGAUCCUUGGAGAUCUGGACUACCUGAGUGGCACCCUUCAGCUGCCAAGAUGGUCCAGAAACAUCAAUUCAUGUGCCCUGUGCCUCUGUGAUGCUCAGGGCCCAUACUCUUGGAAAGUGUUCAAGCCAGAUGCUCCCUGGGUCAGCAAAUGCUGGACACCUUCCACUUGGUCUGCCUGGGAAGGUAGAAGCAAAUGUGGCCUUUUUGAAAUCCGACAUCUUACAGCAGUGAAUGUGCAAUGUGAUUAUAUGCAUGCAAAAUACCUGGGAACAGAUUUGGUGGCUUUUGCCAGUGUGCUCUGGCUCGCCAUUUUUGUGGCUGGAUCACAAUCACCAGCCAAAAACUUGGCUGACUUCCAAAAGCACUUGAAAAGCUACUACCAAGAACACAACACAGCUUCAAGAUUUUCUGCCUUCAAUUCCUACAAAUAUUUCAUGAACAAGAAGGGGAUGAAGUUGAAAGGCAAGGCUGCCCAAGUCAAAGCCUUUGGGCAGCCUUUGCUUGAAUUUUGGCAGAAGGUCUACAACCCGAGUGUCUCUAUCCACAAGCUUGUUCUGGUGUACAUGAAGCUCAAUGUGAAAUGUGAAGAGUUAAUGGAUGCCAACAGAGAUGAGAUCCAUUUUAGCAACUGGACUUGCAAGCAGUUUCAACCCACACCUCAGUUGUAUGUCAUGCUGCAUUUGCUGAAGCGGGUUGUUGAAGCUCACUACCCGGGGACGGUGUCCCUGUCAGCUGUGGAGGACAUCAACGAGGAGGUCGUACAGAGCUGGGCAACUCGAUUUUCACAGUGUGCACUUGUACUCUUGGGCGCAGGGCCACCCUGCCAAGGAGUCAGUGGACUCAACUGCGAUAGGCAAGGGGCCCUUAUAAGGAUGCUCGGUCGUCCUUGUUUUCGCAUGUUCCGCGGGUGCGGGGGCUCCUGA